UGACGCCGUUGGAGAUGGAAAAAGGAUUUGGCUGGGAUUUUGGAUGUGUGUUUAGCAGCAGCUGAAGACGACGACGACGACGACACCCAAGAAGAAGAAGAAGAGAGAAAAAUUGAAUUGAAUAAAAAAAAGAUUGAUUUGAUUUGGAAUACGAAAAGAAGAAAAGAAGUGUUCAAUGGAAGAGAAUUUGCAACAGAACGUUUCAGUGGAAAGCGCUCGUAAUGAAUUUCGAAAUUACAUUGAACAACAUGAAGAGCCAUUGCUAGUGGGUAGCAAGUCGAAAGAAGGAGGAUUGAAUCAUAUGAAGAGUAGUUCAUCAACACACAAGGGAAAGAAGAGUCUACGGAAAAAGUGUUGUGUGAUUUGUUAGAAUGGUGAAAGAAGGAUGUAAAAAGGAAAAGCGAAAUUACAGUGUUGGAUGGUUUUAGACGAGUCCAUUCAUUCGUAUAUAGGAGGAUCUCUUGGAUGGAAGAUGGAAGAUGGAAGAUGGAAGAUGUGAGAGGAGGACUGUUGUUGAAGAAUGCAAUGACAUUAGAUAUUGAUAUUGAAUGAAUUGAUAAAGCGACUAUUGUCAAUGACCAAGAGAGUUGUAAUCUAGUGGAGGAACUGAUGAAAUGAAAGAGAGAAGAGAGAAGAGAG